UUAUUCUAUUGUAAGGCUAAACUUCUGGGUUUGUUUCUUUGCUGUAAAGUUUGCAUCUUUAAACUUGCCUAGAAAUUGGACUCUGUGAUUUUUAGUGUGAAGUUUUUAUGUUAUUUAGAUCUCCAUGUUUAACAUGACAUUUGGAUUUAAUGUGCAGGAGUACAUCCAAUCAUACCUGGCAGCACACACCAGUCAAGACUUUCAGCACAAUGAGCCCAAAUACCCAGGACCCGGAUGACUUUCACAAUAUAAAUCUACCAAGCAACCGUACCUACCUCCUGGAGAACUUGCUGGAAAUUGAGUUACCAAGAAUGAUUUACGCAAAGCCACAGGUUCUAAAGCCACCGAGAAAUGACGUCCUUAUGAUGACUCCAUGGUUUGCACCAAUAGUUUGGGAAGGAACCUAUAACCUUGAGAUCCUGAAUGAGCAGUUCAAACAAAGGAAUGUCACUGUGGGACUGAUAAUUUUUGCAAUCAAAAAGUCUUCACCAAAUGCAUGGCAGUGGUGGCCACCGAGCUCAGAAAAAGGGGCAUCCAAGUGUUCCCCUAUUUGGACAAUUGGCUCCUCAGGGGAGAGUCAGAAACCAAGGUAUGUCGUGUUCCUCAAGAAUCUUUUAGAAACUGCAGAGACGUACUUUAUGGUUGGAUAUAAAGUGAACUAUUACAUUUUCACAGACAGACCACAAGAAGUUCCUAAAGUUGAGCUCAAAGAAGGAAGGAAAGUAGUAGUUCUACAAAUGCAAAACUACUCGAGGUGGCAAGAAAUUGUUUUGCGACGCAUGGAAAUGAUCCACAACUUCUCACAGAAGCAGUUCAUUAAUGAGGUUGACUACCUUGUGUCUGUUGAUAUAGACAUGAGGUUUAAUGACCAAGUUGGAGUAGAAAUCCUGAGCGACUUGUUUGGCACACUACACCCAGGAUUCUAUGGUGCAGAGCGUCAGUCUUUCACGUAUGAACGUCGACCUGCUUCUCAAGCUUAUGUGCCCCAUGAUGAGGGUGACUUUUACUAUGCUGCAGCAUUUUUUGGAGGAACAGUAAAGGAGGUUUACAAGCUGACCAAGAAAUGCCAUGAAGCCAUCAUGGUGGACAAAGACAAUAGAAUUGAGGCAAUAUGGCAAGAAGAGAGUCACUUAAACAAGUAUUUUAUUUACCACAAACCAACUAAAAUACUUUCCCCAGAAUACGUGUGGGAUGACAAUAUGGGUAGGCCACAGAUCCUCAGGAAAAGGAGGUUUCUUGCUGUACGAAAGAACCAUGCUGCAAUCAGAAAUAAAUGAAAUUCUUCUCUGACCAGUCUUAGUGCAGUGGUGGGCAGCCUUCAGGCCACAUGUGGCCCAAAGUAAUCUGAUUGCUAUCCGCAAGAUAUUUUGCUGAUGUUGAUCAUUUGCAGGCACCACACAUCACAGCUCCUAUUGGCCAGGAACAGAGAAAGACUGCCACUGAAUGCUACAGGAGCGGUGUGCAUAGUCAAUGCUAGCAAAAUAUGUCGUGGCCUGUAAUCAGAUUAACCUGAUGGGCCACAGGUUGCCCGCCACUAUCUUAGUUCAAACUAACCUAACUGAUAUUGCAGGUUUCCUUGAUUGAUGAGAAUAUACCAGAGGUGGUCAACCCAUUGGAGACCAAGAGGUUUAA